AUAGUGCAAACGCUCUGCGGCCCGCAUUGUGCAUCCUUCGCUUCACGGUGAAAACCCUAGCGGCAAAAUCAGCUCAGAGCGAAAUCUCCAGCAGCAGCCAUGGCAGAUGUCGAUCCCGAGGUGGCGGCGGCGCAGCCGAAGAAGAGAACGUUUAAGAAGUUCAGCUUCCGAGGCGUUGAUCUGGACGCGCUCCUCGAUAUGUCUACCGAUGAGCUCGUUAAGCUUUUCAAUGCUCGCGCUCGAAGAAGGUUCCAGAGGGGUUUGAAGAGGAAGCCAAUGGCUUUGAUCAAGAAGCUGCGGAAGGCUAAACGUGAGGCCCCGCCAGGUGAGAAGCCGGCCCUAGUGAGAACCCACCUGCGGAACAUGAUUAUUGUUCCGGAGAUGAUUGGCAGUGUGCUUGGAGUGUACAAUGGAAAGACCUUCAACCCAGUUGAAAUCAAGCCCGAGAUGAUUGGCCACUACCUGGCUGAAUUCUCGAUUUCAUACAAGCCCGUCAAGCACGGGAGGCCAGGUAUCGGUGCCACCCACUCUUCUAGAUUCAUUCCUCUCAAGUGAGUGAAUUUUUUGAGCCAGAAUUGGAGAAAGUAUUAUGUUCUUUUAUGUGGUGCUGUUCACUUUACUAUAAAUUUGAAUCUUUUCUCUGAGAGUUUUGUAGUUUUGUUAAAUUGACUUAAUGGUAAAUUGGUAUUUUGCUA